UCUUAUUGAUCUGGUUUUUAACAUGUUUGCUAAGUAAGCAUGGUUGAACGUUAACGCGCGUUUGGUAAAGGUCAACUAUGACGACUGCUCCAGGAUCUGCUUGUGAUCCGUUUUUUUUUCUUUUUUUUUUUUCUUCCCCCCUACCAUUAGAGCCCACCUGCUAUUGGCUAGUUUACUGCGGGUGGGAGUGGAUAGUGGCGAGAUAAAAGAAGAGAAUCUAUCUUGCCCUCUCCACUCCACUACACGGCCACCCGCCUACUCAUAACCAUCCUCACUAAAAACUAUACGUUUGUCAUUUUUAGAAGAACAAAAGGCGAGGAAGAGAGCCACAAUAUAGCACUUUUGGAGCUUUUGGUGCUGGAAAUAUGAGUGUAAGGAUAAUAAUGGCCUCUCAAACGGAGAAAGGGUGAAUACACUUGUUGCACCACAACGCAAAAGUCGAAAGCAAGACAUACCAUGAACGCAGGAGAGUUCCGGCGUCGAGGAAAGGAGAUGGUCGACUUUGUGGCCGACUAUUUGGAGAACGUGGAGCAGCGGCCGGUCUAUCCGGACGUAGAGCCGGGAUAUCUUCGAUCCUUAAUCCCGACGGAGGCGCCGCUAGAACCAGAGACCUAUGAGGAGAUCAUGAAGGAUGUGGAGCGGGUCAUAAUGCCUGGGAUUACCCACUGGCACAGUCCAUACUUCUAUGCGUACUUCCCUGCAGCUUCCUCCUACCCGGCCAUGUUGGCCGAUAUGCUGUGCGGAGCCAUUGGCUGCAUUGGAUUCUCUUGGGCUUCCAGCCCAGCUUGCACCGAGCUGGAGACAGUGAUGUUAGACUGGCUGGGGAAGAUGCUGCAGCUGCCAGAGUCUUUCCUAGCCGGAACUUGUGGUCACGGAGGAGGUGUCAUCCAGGGCACGGCCAGCGAAGCGACCCUCAUGUCCUUGCUCGCCGCACGUUGUAAAGCUGUCCGUCGAGUCCACUCCAUGGACCCUGAAAAGUCUGAACCUGAAAUCCUCACCAAAUUGGUGGCAUAUACAUCCGAGCAAUCUCAUUCGUCUGUGGAGCGAGCAGGUCUGAUCGGAGGCGUGACGAUGAAGAAAAUCCCCACAGACAGCACGUACGCCGUCACGGGUGAAUUGCUCAAGAAAAUAGUGGAAAAGGACAAAGAAGCAGGACUCAUCCCUUUCUAUUUCUGUGCAACGCUUGGCACCACUGCAUCAUGUGCGUUUGAUCCUAUUUCUCAGCUGGGGCCUAUAUGUAAUGAGCACAACAUGUGGAUGCAUGUUGAUGCCGCGUAUGCUGGGAGUGCGUUUAUCUGUCCAGAAUUUCGGCCAUUGUUGAACGGCAUCGAGUUUGCAGACUCUUUCAACUUGAACCCACACAAAUGGCUGUUGGUCAACUUUGACUGCUCUGCCAUGUGGGUGAAGAAGAGGCAAGACAUGAUCGGAGCCUUCAAAGUGGAGCCGCUCUACCUCAGACAUGAGAACCAGGAGUCAGGGCUAGUGACAGAUUACAGGCAUUGGCAGAUUCCACUGGGCAGACGCUUCCGCUCCCUCAAAAUGUGGUUUGUCUUUCGCAUGUACGGCCUCCACGGACUACAGGCUCAUAUCCGUAAGCAAGUGUGCCUGGCCAAGGAAUUUGAGAGUCUGGUACGAGCAGAUCAGAGAUUUGAGAUCUGUGCUGACGUCAUCAUGGGCCUGGUUUGCUUCAGGCUGAAGGGCUCCAAUGAGCUGAACCAGAAUCUGCUGAAGAGGAUCACAAAGAACAGAGAGAUUCACUUGGUGCCUUGUUAUCUGAGCGGACGCUUUGUCCUGCGUUUCGCCAUCUGCUCGCGCACCACCGAGUCUCGUCACAUCCGGGAAGCGUGGCGGCACAUCACGCAGCUGACCUUUGAACUCCUGCAGGAUUCGGUUCAAUGACGUGGGCAAGCGAAAGAUGUCUGUUAUUAUUUUUUGACGAUUAUUAACUAAAUGUUGCAGAUAGAAAAUAUCAAAUGAAAAACACACUAUUGCUAAUUUCAGGUGAAACAGCUGGUUUGCACACGCACGCACGCGCGCGCGCGCACAAACCCCAAAACAAGUGUUUUAGCAAUGUAUUAGCUGUAUGUAGCUUGUGUGUCCUGUGUAAAAUGUGGGUGUUGUUGUGUAACCCUGAUCGACUAUCCAACUGAAAAUGGCGUCUCUAAUGAAUGUAUACAUUGUCAUGUAUUUGUGUUUGUUUGGAUGAACUUGUCAGUGUAUGUACGUAGUUCAUGGGCCAUUUCAGACAAUUCUGAGUGGUUAUCUUACAGAGCCCAACAUAGUGUUAUUUUAU